ACAGUGUUUUGUAUUAUGUACUAUUACUAGUAUUAUCUAAAUUAUCUUUAUUCUGUAGUAAAUAAUAAAUAAUAGAGAAUAAUUCUUUGACAAUAAUAACUAUUUUAAAGCACAAAAAUGGUUCUAGGACCAUUAGAUCAUUCUGUUCAAACAGAUAUUAUAUUUGUAAUAGAGAAAACAGCAAUGAAUACUUAUAUAAGUGAACUUAAAACAAAUUAUGUGACUCCGACAUUAGAAUACUUUAACCAAGGACCUAUUGACGAACGAGAGUAUUUGUCUGAAAGUAGUAGUGCAAUUUAUGGUAUUGUAGUUUAUGAAGCAAACGAUUGUAAACCAUUUCCGUGUUGUCGUUCUUAUGGGACAUUUACUAGCCCACAAAAAGUCAUAAAAAUUAUUGAAAAAAUUGACAUGAUUGGAGGUAUGGCUGAAUCCCAUGCUUACAUGGGCGAAGGUUUAGCCACAGCCCUGGUUUUCUUUGAAGAUUUGCAAGAAAUCCGUGAAGCUAAGCAAAGACAUUGUAUACUUAUAUGUAAUUCACCACCUUAUAAUUUUCCGAUUAUGGAAUGUGAAACAUAUGCUGGUCGUAGUGUUGAUCAGAUGGCAAAUCUCUUCCAAGAAAAAGGUAUUUUACUCUCAAUUUUAUCAGCAAGAAAAACACCUGCAUUAUUAAAAUUAUUUGAAAAAGCUGGCGGUGACUUACAAAUUUCCCAAAACAAAAACUAUGCAAAAGAUCCAAGGCAUUUAGUGUUACUCAAUGGAUAUAGUUUAAAAGAACGUCCAAUGAGCCCAACUCCUGCUACAACUCAUUCUGGUUUAUCCAUGACUAGCCCAUUAUCUACAAAUGUUAACAUUGGAUCACCAGUUGCUCCAUGUACUCCAUUUAGGACUACUAAUCCGGUUUUGGCUAUGCAGAAUCAAGUUCAACAACAACAGCAACAACAACAACAACAACAACAACAACAACAACAACAACAACAGCAGCAGCAGCAAGCACAACAGCAGCAAGCUCAACAGCAACAAGCACAACAGCAGCAACAACAACAUCAACAACAACAAGCUGUUCAGGCAGCUCAACAAGCUGUAGCAGUGGCUCAACAACAACAACAACAACAACAAGUACAACAACAACAACAACAACAAAUGAUUCGUAAUGUAAAUCAAGGUCAAAACCAGCAAUAUUCCAAUGUUUCAAAUACUGGUGGUUUCUUGAAACCUCCUCAAGCGCCUCGAAGUUGGCAAAUGAUGCAAACACAACAGCGUCAACCAAAUCAAGCAAGUGCAUUAAUUGCACAAUUAACAACACCUACAUUCCAACAAAGAUUAGAUAUGGCAUCACAACAACAAGUACAACAGCAGCAGCAACAACAAGUCCAACAACAACAACAACAAGUCCAACAACAACAACAACAACAAGUUCAACAGCAGCAACAACAAGUUCAACAGCAACAAGUUCAACAACAGCAACAGCAACAACAACAGCAGCAAGUACAACAGCAACAGCAAGCACAACAACAGCAGCAAGCACAACAGCAGCAGCAAGCACAACAACAGCAGCAAGCACAACAGCACCAAGUACAACAGCAGCAUCAGCAACAGCAACAGCAACAAGCGGCUCUACGAAUUAUGAAUCAACAACAGCAACAAGUUCAACAACAGCAACAAAAUGUACCUGGCAGACUAACUAUUUGGACAGGGACAUUAGAGUGGAUAGAAAAAUCAAAGCCUUUAAAUGAAAUACCAAAAAUAACAAGAAAUGUCCCUUGUAUUGUUUCAGCCGGUAUAAAAAAUGGAGAACCAGAACUGAAAGCAGAAACAUGGCCUGAAAAAUUAAUUAUGCAAUUGAUGCCCAAGAAUUUAAUAGGAAGUAUUGGAGGGGCUCAUUUGAAAGACUCAAAAUCUGUGAUUUUCCAACCUACCCCAUGUGAAGCAUUAGAAUCUUUGACAAAGUAUAUGACUAGUGGAUAUGCUGGCUGUGUACAUUUUAACAGUGCUCCAACGUCUCAUAAUUGUGAUGUCAAGGUAUUAAUAUUACUUUAUACACAUGAUAGAAAAGCAUUUAUAGGUUUUAUUCCAAAUGAUCAAGCAGCAUUUGUAGACAGAUUACGCAAACUAAUACAACAUCAAAAAGCUUCCUCAGCCAUAUUACGUCAAGGCCAGGUUGGAAUGGUAAUGCCCCAAAAUAAUAUGCCUGGACAAUUACAAUUACCACCAGGUCCGAACAUGCCUGGUGGUCCAGGGCCUAACCAGAUGCCUGGGCUUAUGCCUAACAGUGCGUUAACAGCUUCCUUACAAAGUCAACCCCAAUCAAAUUUAGCUGAAUUAAUGGGGUCCAACAAUUUUGCACCACAAAAUAAUCAGGUUGUCCCUAAUAGCCCAUCAGUUCAAAUGAUGCCUAGUCCUCAACCAACUGGUCAACCAGUUAAUAAUCCGAAUGUACCUAUACAAAGUCCUGGAGGUGUUGGCAAUGUUGGUGUUCGUCCAUCACAAGGUCAAUAUAGUGAACAAAUUGAGAUGGCUAGAAAGCAAAAUUUGGCUAAAAUACAUCAACUUCGACAAACACUAGAAGCUGCACAACAACAAGAAUUACAGUAUAAGUCUCAAAUGGAGAUACAAAGUCAUCAAAUGAACAUACCACAAAUGCAGCAACGUUUGGAACAAGCUCAGAUGCAAGAAAACAUAUUAAAGUCUCAGCUAGAAAUACGUAAUCAAAUGAAUGUGCCCCAAAUGCAACAAAAUCUGGAACAUGCUCAAAUGCAAGAGACCAUAUUAAAAGCACAAUUGGAACAUCAACAAGAAGAGCAACACAAAUUGAGAACCCAACAAUUCCAUAUCCAUCAACAACAACAGCAACAGCAGCAGCAGCAACAACAGCAACAGCAGUCAAGACAAAUGGUUCCUGGAAAUCAAUCACCACAGAUUAUGGGUAAUAAUGCACCACAGCAGAGAAUGCAAAUGCGACCUGUAAUGUCCAGCAAUCCUGGUCUCAGACAUUUAUUACAACAACAACCCCAAUAUAGACAACAAAUGAUGGGCAUGCAACAAGUUCCCGUUGCUCAAGGCAGAACAUUGCAACCUCAGCAACAACAGCAACAAUAUGACGAAGUACAUACCUUUGACUUUCUCAACUAACUCAAUUUUAAAAUAAAUAAUAUUAUGUUUUAAGUUUAUUUGGUGAAAUCAUCUGUCAUUUUUUUUUUUUUUUGAAAUAAUGGAGUAAA